UAUUUUAAGAGGUACGAGCAGUCGGUCACCACUGCGAGUUGGAAAACAUCCUCUGCGGUGACGCGCCCGUGACGUCAUUCUCCGACAAUGAUGGCGGCCGCUGGAGCCUCAGGUUCAGAUAUCAGGCAGAGAAACACUCUGUCAAGAGCUCCUUUGGCCCUCUAAACCACCCUUGCCAGCGUCCCGCAGCCUUUGAAAAAACAACUGAAGGGAUGAUGAGGAACACCGGGGAACUCUGUUUGAAAAUAUCGCAAUAUUUGCCCUAAAACUGUGUGUCGCGGAGCAACGAAAAACAGCCGUUAAUCUGAGGGUGAUUUUAAGCUCGCGAUGAUUCACUGGUAAUUUUCCAGCAGCGUGACACUCUCCUCAGACAAAAGCACCCCGAAAUAUUCAUAAAAAUGAAAUUCACCGAGCACUUGUCUGCCCACAUCACCCCGGAGUGGAGGAAACAAUACAUUCAAUAUGAGGCUUUUAAAGAAAUGUUGUACUCGGCCCAGGAUCAGGCCCCAUCAAUCGAAGUCACAGAUGAGGACACUGUCAAGAGAUACUAUGCCAAGUUUGAGGAGAAAUUCUUCCAAACGUGUGAGAAGGAGCUGGCCAAAAUCAACACAUUCUAUUCAGAGAAGCUUGCAGAAGCACAGCGGCGAUUCGCCACGCUGCAGAAUGAGCUGCAGUCUUCUCUGGACGCGCAGCGAGAGAGCAGUCGAGCCACGGGUCUGCGUCGCCGUCGCGCUGUCUUCCACCUGUCACAGCAGGAGCGCUGUAAACAUCGCAAUAUCAAAGACCUGCAGCUGGCCUUCAGCGAGUUCUACCUCAGCCUCAUCCUGCUGCAGAACUACCAGAACCUAAACUUCACAGGCUUUCGGAAGAUUUUAAAGAAACAUGACAAGAUUUUUGAGACUGCACGUGGUGCUGAUUGGCGUGUGGCCCAUGUUGAAGUGGCUCCUUUUUAUACCUGUAAGAAGAUCACUCAGCUCAUCUCUGAAACCGAGACCCUUGUUACCACAGAGUUAGAAGGAGGAGACCGACAGAAAGCCAUGAAGAGGCUCCGAGUGCCCCCAUUGGGAGCAGCACAACCUGCACCAGGAUGGACCACUUUUAGAGUAGGACUCUACUGUGGUGUCUUUGUUGCUCUAACAGUCACAGUCAUCAUCACAGGUGUGGUGAAACUUGUUAGCAAUGGUGAGGAUAAUGUUUGGCCCCUAGUGAGAAUUUAUCGAGGUGGUUUCCUGCUCAUCGAGUUCCUUUUUUUAUUGGGCAUCAACACGUAUGGAUGGAGGCAGGCUGGAGUGAACCAUGUCUUAAUAUUUGAGCUCAACCCCCGCAAUAACCUGUCCCACCAGCAUCUCUUUGAGAUUGCUGGUUUCCUUGGAGUUCUUUGGUGUGUUAGUAUUCUGUCCUGCCUCUUUGCGGAGUACACAAUGAUCCCUAUACAAGCGAACCCUCUAGCUCUUUAUGGGUUUUUCUUCUUCUUCCUUAUCAACCCUUUUAAAACGUGCUACUACAAAUCUCGCUUUUGGCUACUCAAAUUACUGUUUCGAGUGGUCACAGCGCCGUUUCACCGAGUGGGGUUUGCUGAUUUCUGGCUGGCUGACCAGCUCAACUCUCUAGUUAUGGUUCUGAUGGACCUGGAGUACAUGAUCUGCUUCUACAGCAUGGAAUUGAAUUGGUUCAAAUCUGAGGGGGAGCAGUGGAUUAAAGCGGGUGAAGGGAUAUGUGACUCGUAUUCAUAUGGAGUACGAGCUGUAAUCCAUUGUUUACCUGCCUGGUUCCGGUUUGUGCAGUGCCUGAGACGUUAUCGGGACACAAAGCGUGCCUUCCCUCACCUGGCCAAUGCUGGCAAAUACUCCACUACCUUCUUUGUGGUCAUAUUUUCUGCGCUCUAUAAGACGCAUAAAACUCUUCAAGAAGGCCAGGUCUUCUUUUACCUGCUAAUUGCCUGCAGGAUCAUUAACUCAUGCUACACCUUAUUGUGGGACCUGAAGAUGGAUUGGGGACUUUUUGACCGUAAUGCAGGGGAGAACACCCUCCUCAGAGAGGAGAUUGUAUAUCCACUGAAAGCUUACUACUACUGUGCCAUAAUAGAAGAUGUGAUCUUACGCUUUGCAUGGACCAUUCCACUUUCUCUUGGGUUUUUGACUCCAUUCCCAAACAUUUCUGAUAUUUUAGCAACUGUCCUUGCACCACUGGAGGUCUUCAGGCGCUUUGUUUGGAACUUCUUCCGUCUGGAAAACGAGCACCUGAAUAACUGUGGUGAGUUCAGAGCUGUGCGGGACAUCUCUGUAGCACCUCUGAAUGCUGAUGACCAGACGCUGCUGGAGCAGAUGAUGGACCAGGAGGAUGGUGUCAGGAACAGGCAGGGAAAGAAGAACUGGAAGAGAAGCUACAGCAUGUCCUUGAGAAGACCACUCCUCUCCUCCCAGUUGAAGGUCCGAGACACCAAAGUCCUGAUAGAGGACACCGAUGACGACACCUGACCCUUGCGUCCACAGUGGCUUGGGAAAUUGUUUUUUACAGGACCAUAGAACUAAGUGAGCCUCGACUUCAGAAGCUAUCCAAUCAAUCCAUCACAAAGCUGCCUGACUACACACAAACACACACACACACACACACACACACACACACACCUUUCACACCGAGACCUCACUGACUCACACAUGCAACAGGAGCAGCCAUUUCUUAGUUACUGUACUUUCUAUGAUUCAUUUGUUACUGCCUUGUUAAUUUUUGUGAAGAUCCAGUUUGUGGAAGAAACAAAAAUUGAAUCCAAUGGACAGUGUACAUAUAUGUCAGUUCACUUACUGCUUGAAGGGACUGCGCUCAUAUAAACCAUGGACAAGUCAUCGCAGCAGUCGUGAUUAAUCAAUCGUUUGGAUACCUUGUUUUUAAAGACUUUUAUGAUGAGGGUAUGAAGAAAUUCAUGUAGCAGACAUAUGGACUGGUUUACCCUCAUUCAUGAAAAUGACAAUUAAUUUUUUUUUUUUAUGUACAUUUCAUUGUUAUUUAUGUGAAGGAGAGAUGCCUUGAACGUUGCUUUAAAGGAAAUCUUUUAAAUUUAUUAAGGAUUUACCUUGGACCUUUACCCAGGACCUCUGCAUGCUUUUGACCAACCCUCA